CUUAUCUUAGUUAAGAAGUCUCCCGGUGCUGAAGUUACGUGUAGUUUGCGCAGGCAUGCCAGCAGCCUUAAGGAUCCAAGUCCAGUCAUUUCUUUCUCAUCACACAAGCAAGCAAAUGAAAACGGUAGCAUUGAUUCUAUGGAUGUGGUUAAUGGAGAUGAUCAUCAUUUCUCACAAGAAGUGACAUCAUAUAGUGAUCAGCCUGUAUUUUUCAGAGAAUUUCGUUUUACAUCAGAAGUUCCAAUACGGCUUGAUUACCAUGGAAAACAUGUAUCAAUGGAUCAGGGGACACUAGCUGGGAUUCUUAUUGGGCUUGCUCAGUUAAACUGCUCAGAAUUAAAGCUGAAGAGACUUUGCUACAGACAUGGUUUAUUAGGUGUGGAUAAAUUAUUCUCCUAUGCCAUCAGUGAGUGGCUUAAUGAUAUAAAGAAAAACCAGCUACCAGGAAUUUUGGGAGGAGUAGGGCCUAUGCAUUCACUAGUGCAGUUAGUCCAAGGUCUGAAAGACUUGGUGUGGUUACCAAUAGAGCAGUACCGAAAGGACGGCCGUAUUGUGAGAGGCUUUCAGAGAGGAGCAGCUUCUUUUGGUACUUCCACUGCAAUGGCAGCACUGGAGCUAACCAACAGAAUGGUUCAGACUAUACAGGCAGCUGCAGAAACUGCCUAUGACAUGGUAUCACCAGGGCCUACUUUCAUUGAGGCAAAAAAGAUCAAGCGAUUCCCUCGCCAUCGUUUAGCUCAUCAGCCAGUGGACCUGCGGGAAGGUGUAGCCAAAGCAUACAGUGUAGUAAAAGAGGGCAUUACGGACACAGCGCAGACCAUCUAUGAGACGGCUGCUCGUGAGCAUGAAAACAGAGGAGUAACUGGAGCAGUGGGAGGAGUCCUCCGCCAGAUUCCACCAACUGUGGUGAAACCAUUCAUUGUUGCAACAGAGGCAACCUCAAACGUUCUAGGUGGGAUGAGGAACCAGAUCAGGCCAGAUGUGCGUCAGGAGGAGUCGCAGAAGUGGCGCCUCGGGGAGGAUUGAGAUGAUAAAUCUGGCUCAGCAGGCAGACAGUAAGGCUGGAAAUGCAGAGGAUUUUCCUGUUGGCAGCUUUAGAUGGAGCUCACUUUGCUUUGUCAUGCUCAUCUCAGGAACAAAUGAGGUUUUCAGCGAUUUACUAGGAAAACAUUCAACCAAAAAUAUUUAUGGAGUGAAAGGAGAAUUGGUACUUGCUUAUGCAGUGCGUUACCAGUACAGUUGGUAGGUAGUGCCAAACGUAGCGAAGCAUGCGCUGCCAGCCCAGAGACAUGCCUGCUCUGUUCCCUUCACCCUCUUCUUCUUGGUAGAUGUAACAUCUGAAGCAGUAACCUGUAUGGUGAAGCUGAGUAUGUCUUAGAGAUGUUUUCUGAGCAUAGUCGAAGAACUGUUUUCAAUAAAGGGCUCUGCGGAUGCCCUUCACUGACUAAAGGAUGAGAGCUUUCGAUUUGGACAUGGGCGGUGAAGGCCAUGUCACAUGGAAGCAGAUAAGAGAAUAUUGUUUAGUGGUCAUAAAGCAUCGCUUUUAGCGUGGCACUUACAGCAAGGGCAAGCUUGGUAACCAUUCAGAAUUUAGAUUCAGUGUUGAUAUACUUGUGAACAUGAUUUGUUCCUAAAUACUACAUACCUACUUUUGUGGGUCUUUGAAGAACCUGAAUGUUGCAGAAAUGUUCUGUUGUGUUGCACUUUAAAGAAUAUGGCCUGUAUAUUGUGCUUUUUUAUAGUGUGACUAAAACAUAAUGUGCAUUA